CUAAUCUACAAUAUAAUAAGGUGUUUUUUUGCUAUUUGUCAGUUUAUGAUUUGAGGCUCACAAGAGAAAUUAGUCUACAUGCUGUAAACAUUGCAACUACAAUAACUGUUAGAAAAAGGAUAACAAUUUAUACCACAACAACAACUGUCCUAGCAACAGCAGUGUCAAGAGGGCCAUCCAUUCUCUAUGUUUCACACACACAUAAAACACACAACGAGAACAACGGGUCAUCACUUUGUAUUUUGGCAUUUCAUUUGGACUAUAGUAAAAAGAAAACACCUUGCCCACUUUAGUAUUUUCCUAAUUUCACCAAAAGUAAUUUGCCUCAUUUACGAACUGUAAUGUCAUUGUUGCCAGCAAAACAAAAACAUAUAUUUCAUAGUGAUAACAGUUACAUAUGAUACCCUUUUCACCCACAGUUUCUUAAAGAGGUCCUAAUAAGCUUUUGGGGGUUUUCCCUUUCCUGUAGUGACUUGUUGUGCAUCGUCUCUAAAGGCUACACUCACUGUGUUCCUCCCCCAUUCCCCCCUGCCUGAAGCCUUUCCAUUGGACUCCUUUUUUUAACUUCUGGACAUAGUGACAUCACUAUGUAACACUUGCACUUAUUUUGGCUAGCUCUCCAAAACAUUAUACUGUACGUGAUAGGCUAAGGGACGGGACAUCUCUAAGCUGUCGACCAAUCACAACAGAGCCGGAGUGCUAACCAAUCAGAGCAGAAAAGAGGUGCUGCAGCUCAGGCAGUAUGAGAAACAUUAAAGCAUGGAGACAUGUCACAGUAGAGGCACAACAUACAAAUAUGAACCUGAACAUUAUCAUAAUAGGGCCCCUUCAAAUCCAAUCAACGUAUACACCAAUAUUGGCCAAUUUGGAUAGUAUAUCAGUGUAUACUGACCACAGCUACACAAAUAGGUCAACCAAGAAUAUGUAAGUCAGAUAAUGAUACAAAACCAUCAUUAAUCAGUAUUUCAGUGGCGCGUUUUAGUGUCCCGUGGUUCAAUAGCUGUGUUGAAGGCUUUUCCAUCACCUUAAGUACACAUGAUAAUUAGCAGACCUUUGAGAAUGAAAUGAAAAGAAACCCAAGGCUCAUGAGCAGUUGGUGACACACAAAACAGACCAAAAUGGCUGAACCCAUGGACUCCAUUUCCAAAGGUGCAAUUUCCAUCGCAACCAUGCAACAAAGCCUGGCUGUUUUGCAUAAUCAAUAUGGCACUAUACAUUGGCUGUGAGUGGAAACAACAUUCAUUAACAUCCUCACUGGUCUGCAUGCAUACCAAACCGUCUCUAGGACCCAGUGGGUCUCCUCCUCAGCCUUUGUAGUUUUUCUGUGGAGAGAUGAGGGAGACUGAGAUGUGCUUCUUGCUUAUCACGAUUCACAUCGAGCUUUUUUUUUAACCAGCUGAGGGGGGAAGCUGAACAGGGGCAAUUUAAAACAUCAGGAUCAUCUCCCGCAACUGCUGCUUUUUUUUAUUUAUGUUUUACAUUUAAUUUCCUACCAUCUCAUUGUUAUCAUUUUUUCCCAUUUUAGUUUUGGGAGGGGGGACACUAUGAAAGCCUGUGCAUUUCGGGUGCAUUCCUGCUGCUGGCUGGGACUAUGAUUUAUCAAUGCUCGCAGCUUUGUUCUCAUGACACACUUGAACUCAUUCAGUCGCAUCAAAACAGGAGAGAGCGGUGAUUUAACUUUCUUGCAUCUUCGACGAAUCCAGCUGCAGCAGGUACUUUCUGCACUUGAGCGGCUGCCCUGCUGUGUGUAGGUGUUGAAGCAGCCAUGUGGAGCAGAGAGAGCGCUCCUCCACUUCUCCUCUGCCUGCUGGCGCUCACUGUUCUCUGGAAAACCAGGUCAGUGAGCUGCGAUGCCCAAUCCGAUGCCUUUAAAACCAACAUCACCCUGUUCACGCGCAUCCUGGACAGCCUGCUGGAUGGAUAUGACAACCGUCUACGGCCAGGUCUUGGAGACAGGAUAACAGAGGUGAAGACAAACAUCUACGUCACCAGCUUCGGACCAGUUUCAGACACAGACAUGGAGUACACCAUCGAUGUCUUUUUCAGGCAAAGCUGGAAGGACGAGAGGUUGAAAUUUAGCGGACCGAUGAAUAUACUGCCGCUCAACAACCUGAUGGCCAGUAAAAUCUGGACUCCGGACACCUUCUUCCACACGGGAAGAAGCUUGGCUCAUAACAUGACCAUGCCCAAUAAACUGCUGAGGAUCAAAGAUGAUGGGAUGCUGUACACCAUGAGGUUAACUGUGCAUGCAGAGUGCCCAAUGCAUCUGGAGGAUUUCCCCAUGGACUUUCAUUCCUGUCCACUCAAAUUUGGCAGCUAUGCCUACACAAUCUCAGAAGUGACUUAUGCUUGGACUCUAAAUGCCUCCGACUCUGUCGUGGUGGAAGGAGAAAGCUCCCGCCUUAACCAGUACGACCUGCUUGGACAAACGGCGGUCAAGAGCCUAUCAAAUCGAAGCACAGGUGAAUACACUGUGAUGACGGCUCAUUUCCAUCUGAAGAGGAAGAUUGGUUACUUUGUUAUCCAGACGUACCUCCCGUGCAUCAUGACAGUCAUCCUUUCCCAAGUGUCUUUCUGGUUGAAUAGAGAAUCAGUGCCAGCCAGGACUGUGUUUGGUGUAACCACUGUUCUCACAAUGACAACACUGAGUAUCAGUGCAAGGAACUCACUUCCCAAGGUUGCCUACGCCACUGCCAUGGACUGGUUCAUCGCAGUCUGCUACGCCUUUGUCUUCUCCGCUUUGAUCGAGUUUGCCACUGUGAAUUACUUCACAAAGCGCGGCUGGGCUUGGGAUGGAAAGAGUAUUGUGACUGAAAAGAAAAAAGAGAGGGCUUCUAUCGCCAAGAAGAAUAAUGCCUACGCUGUAGCAGUGGCCAACUACGCGCCAAACAUCGCCAAGGACUCCAGCACACUUCCAACUAUCGCUAAAGGUGGAGCUAUGGAUCCUAACAAGCCCAGAGCAGACGGCAAAGCACCAGAUAGCAAGAAGACAUUCAACAGCGUUAGCAAAAUAGACAGGAUGUCAAGGGUUCUGUUUCCGGUUCUCUUUAGUAGCUUCAACGUUGUGUACUGGGCGACCUACUUAAGCAGAGAACCCGAUAUAAAGGACAUGGUCCCCUCCACUUAGAGGCCAGUUGUAGUGCGUUCUGGUCUGGGGUCCAAGAGACGAACCAAAUACCUCCAGCAACUGUGUACAUAUACCUUUGCAGAGUGAAGUCCUGGAUUGCAGUGUGAUCCUCUAUCUCCGCCUGUUUUCUACACUGUCUGCAGCACUUUUGAAAAGCCCGGCUUUUGUAAAUGUGUAUGUAUAUUUAUAUUCAUGGUUUCAUGGUGACAUAUCGUGUGAUUACUUCUAUUAGAGUGCAUAUUACCUUGAAAGUAUGUUUCCAGUUACAGUAUGUGGCCACUGUACAUACAACUCAAAUGAAGAGUAAACAAAUAAACGUGAACACAUACAUUUUAUUUACUUCUAAUGUGUUGAAGUUUGCUGGUAACGCCCACUCUCUCAAUAUUAUAGAUUUUGUUUCUCUUUUGAGUGAAAGGAUUUGUAUCACAUUUAAUUACUUUCUUUGCCAUCUAAGAGUGGCCUGACUCUUUUUUUUCAAAGCCAAUGCAAAAACACAUUUUGUAUAAUAUUGUUACAGUGUAAAAGUUGUUUUAUUAUCUGUGACUGCAAUCACACUCUGACCUCCAGAGUUAUUGAAACACCUCAAGCCAAAAAUGUUGUUAAAUAUAGAAAAUGCAUAACAUUAGUGUGCUUGUGUGGUAUUGUGAAAAAGUAAUGAGAACACAUUGGGUAGGAAAGAAACAAUCAAACAAGAAACAGAACUACAAAACACACAUAGUGUUGAGGUGUUGAGAAAAGACUCAAGCAUUAGGUCAGUAAUGCCUCAAAUAAAGUCCAUUUUUAUUCAGAGCAAAUGAAGGAAGCUGAUAUUCAGUCAACAUAAAUUCAGAAUGAAACAAUGUUUGUUUUAUAUGUUUACACACUAAUUGUAUGAGGUUAAGUUUUGUUAGCCCUGGCAGAGUUUAAGAAUAAUGAAAAGGAUUUAUUUUCAACCUGAAUUAAACUAUAUAGCCUAACUUAAAAACACUGAUAAUGAUAGGGGUCUAUGAACUGUAUCAGGGAUUUGAUAUGCAACAGCAACAUACACAUAACCUUCAGAAUCUAAAUGUAUUUAUCAAUGUUUGACCGCUAGAAGAAAAAGAAAAGAACACAAUAAAGAGCUGACAGAAACACAUCCCCCUAUUAUCAAACAAAGUGCCAAAAAUGUCUAACAGACACACAGCAACAUUAUCAUCACAUUGGACUUUUACAUCUUACAAAUGUAAGUCCAGUGUUCACUCUUCGUUUAGCUCUAUUUUGGUCUCCUACAACUCUGAUGCAAAUAACUGGGACUUUAGCAUUUCAUUUGUCUGACUUUCUUCACCAGCCAGCCGUAGCUAACCUUGUCAGAUUGACAAUUGGUACUGUUGAUAGUUGAUUUACAGAAUACAGUAAAUGUAGAGAUUUCAAACCAAGAAAAAAAAGCUACAAAAGGCUAAAAAGCAACUUGAGCGCUGCUGAGCGUGACCAAAAUGUUCUGUAGGUACGUCCUCUCAACUUAUCGCAGACAUGAUUAGUUCGUUAUAAAAGGAUUAACGACACAACAAUAAUAAAACUACAGAUAAUAAUGAAUUGCUAAAUGUGCAAAGAGUUGAGAGAUUGCAAAUAAGAAACAUGAACAAAAGAGGUGUUGCUGCACAAGCACACUAAUACAGACUAUUAUUUACUUUUUAAAUGAUUUAUUUACCAUGGUUACAAAUCCAAAUUAUAAUUUUGUUGUAUUAUUUGAAUGCAUACAAACUCCUCAGUGUGAAAUGUGAAAAAGUCCCAUCACUUAUUUAAAAUGAUAAUAUGGCAGCUUUUUUUUGACAGACCUGUGUUGGAAGUAACUCUGGAGGACAGUGUGGAUGACUUGGUGUAGACUAGAGCACCGUGGCACUACUUAUCAGCAUGUCUGCCAUCUUUCAUAUCCAUUGUCUGUCCCUUCACAACACAUUUCAUGAUCACACAAGCUAGUCAAACAAAUUGCAGGGAUAAAACAGCAAACACGGGACUGUUUUGUGCCAAGAUCAACCGCCAUCAAUCGUUUGUAGACGAUAGUCACAUUCUUCUACCAGUAUUUAUUAUUUGUAAUUUGCCUAAAGUGAGAAAAUACAGCCAGGAUUUGGGACUAAAUUAUUUAUUUUCUCAUAAAAUGGUCAUAGAUUUGUAGCUUCAUCUUGUAUUUGUAUGCAGAUUGAUUGUCACUAAAACUUUGAAUUAACUCAGAAGCCAUACAGUCAUCAUGUAAUCCAAUUCCAUCAGCAACAAUACAACAGGGACAACCAAUGAUUGUACUUUAUGAGCAUAUGACACUGUGGUAAAAAAGAUGUAUAAACCUAUUUUGAAGAUAUCACAGAUGCUGUAUAUCAAGAAGACAAAUCGUGUAUCAAGCCCCUAUCAGCAGCCAUAAGCAGUAUGGUACUCUACUGUAAGUUUUUCCUCAUAAAGUGAUAUUUUGCUUCACACCUAUAUUUAUUUUGUUUUUGUUUGUUGACUCAAACUUUGCAUGAAGAAAAAAAACCUAGCUUUUUUAUUUUUAAGAAAUUAUGUUGUCAGUUAGAAAUUAUUUUUAAUUCAAAUUCCACAUCCUGAGAGAAUCUUAAACAUUCCAGAUACAAUUAUUGUUCAAGAUGUGGAUGCUUGAUUCGGUGCACAGUUUCUAAUAAAACACAUAUCAUUUCAAUUCUU